AUGCCGCAGCUCAGAGUCCUCAUCGUGGGCGCGUCGAUCGCCGGCCCAACUGCCGCCUACUGGUUCGCCCGAGCCGGAGCCAAGGUCACCGUUAUCGAGCGCUUCCCCCAACUCCGCACCAACGGCCAGAAUAUCGACAUCCGGACCGUUGGCGUGACGGUAAUGCGACGAAUGCCCGGGAUGGAGGAGGCCGUGCGAGCCAAGACGAUUCCGCUGAAGGGAAUUGGCUUCGUCCGCUCUGAUGGCUGCCCGUACGGAAUCAUAUCCACGACCGGAGAUCCCGACCAACAGUCCCUUGUCUCCGAGUAUGAGAUCUACCGAGGGGACAUGUCCCGGCUCCUGUACGACCGGACCGUAACGAAUCCAAACAUCACUUAUAUCUUUGGCGAGCAGGUCGUCUCGAUCCAGGAGCCCAACGAGAAGAAUGGCGAGGACAGCCCCGUGACGGUCGAGUUCGCCAACGGCACCCCUGCUGCGGAGUUUGAUCUCGUCGUGGCCUGCGACGGGGCAACUUCGCGGACCCGCGCGAUAGGGUUUGGGGUCGGCGUGCGCGAUCACCUCGUCCCGACCGGCAGCUGGGCGGCUUACUUCUCCAUCAAGCACGAUCUCCUCGAAGGGGCAGAUAACAUCGGGAAGGCGUACAAUGCCAUAGGCGGCCGCUUCAUCGCCGCUGCGCCUGACCCCUGGGGCGUGAAUCGGGUGGUCAUGAUCAAGCACCAGCCGCCAACUCACGGUAGCGAUGCUACAAGGCCGUUCCGGGAGGCGAUGCAACACGGCGAGAAUGCACUCAAGAACUUCGUCGCGCAGACUUACCGUGGCGCCGGCUGGAAGUGCGACGAGGUGAUCCAGGACAUGAUGGAGGCGGAGGACUUCUACGCCAGCGAGAUCGUGCAUGUCAAGCUGCCCCACCUGUCGAGGGGCCGGUUUGUGCUGGUCGGGGAUGCAGGGUACGCCGCUUCGACGGGCACCGGGACAAGUCUUGCCAUGGCGGGGGCCUAUGUACUGGCCGGGGAGGUUUGCAAGCACAAGGGCGAUCUCGCGGGUGCCCUCCGCAGGUAUGAGGAUGUCAUGCGGCCUCUGAUCGGUGACAUGCAGAAGGUCCCCCGAUUUCUUCCCAGCAUCUUUACACCGCAGACAGCCUGGGGCCUGUGGUUCCGCAAUAUGGUCUUUGCGUUUCUGUGUUGGAGUGGGAUUCUGGAGCUCACCCAGAAGUUCUUUGCGGGAUCGUUUGCCAAUACGGACAAAUAUCAGUUGCCGGAGUAUCAAUGGGAGGAGUAG